GUGUGCGAUGCGCGUACGCCGCCAAUCCGAGACAGCCGUGCCGAAGAUGUCCAGUCCAUAGACAUUCAUUUCUCCACAUAUAAAGACAAGUACCACAAUCCCCUGGACAAUGAAACUGCAACAGAAAAACUAAAACUCCCUGCAGUAUCGAUUCAUAAAAACUGGCAUCAAGUUUCAUUUGAUUUGGCAGAUAACAUCUCUAUUCGCAAAAGUGUAGCAACAAGCAGCAACCAAGACGUAGCUAAAUGGCCGGCGAGUGCAGCGGUGGACGGUGAUAUAAGACAAGAAAUAACAUACUGCGCACACACACUUGCCGAAAAUCAACUUACUGCCUGGUGGAGGGUUGACCUGGGGCAACUAAUGACAAUCAACUAUAUCACAAUAUAUUAUAGGGCUGCAACUAGAGACAGAUUUGCUGGUUACAAGAUUUUUGUGUCAAACACUACGGACUGGAAUAAUGGCCAACUCUGCUUUGAGGACCCUAGUACCUCAAUUAAUGAAGUAUCGGAUAUAGUAUCGCAUCAAUGUCAAUAUGUAGCUAAGUAUGUGACCAUUUACAACUCGAGAAGCACUCCUAAUACGCGCUAUGACCAUUAUUCAAAGUGGGCUGUUUUAGAGCUAUGUGAAGUUCAAGUUUUUGGAUGUCCAAUACGGAUGUAUGGACAAAGCAGUUGUGACCAGCCAUGUCCAGGGGACUGCUAUGGAGGAAAUUGCAACGCCGCCAAUGGGUCUUGUUUCUAUUGUUUUCCAGGGAAAUACGGUGACAAGUGUAACAAAGAGUGCACCACUAGCUGCAAAGGCAGUAUCUGCGAAAAGGACUCGGGAAUAUGUACAGAAUGCAAUCAAACAAAACAUGGAGAUUUCUGUAAGCAAGAUUGCCCUAGGAAUUGUAACGACAGCAAGUGUUACCAACAUACUGGCUAUUGUAAAGGAUGUAUUCCUGGAAGGUCCGGUGACAGGUGUGAACGUCAGUGCUCUGGUAACUGUGAAGACAUGACAUGUCUACAGGACAGUGGAAACUGUAUAGGAUGUGUUCAAGGAAAACAAGGUUUACAGUGCGCUGAAGAUUGUCCAAGCGACUGUUUGACAUGCGUGCAAGAUGAUGGAAAAUGUACAGAAUGUGUUCGGGGUCAAUAUGGUUCAAAUUGUGAACUGGAUUGCAAUGACAUCUGUAAAGAUAACCUUUGCACAAAAGACGAUGGCAACUGUCUUGAAUGUCAGCAUGGAUAUCACGGCGUGGACUGCACACUAGAAUGCGAAUCCGACUGCAAAAUAUGCCAACGGGAAGACGGUGAUUGUACAGAAUGCUUGGAUGGUUUAUAUGGUGGAAACUGCAGUCUGUCUUGUGUCAAGUGUGAGCGGUGUUCUAGGGACACUGGGAAGUGCCUCACUACCUGCAUGCCUGGAUACGAAGAAGAAUUUUGUCAAAUGAGCAUAAAAUCGCCCCCACAGGAUGAUUCUACUGGGACGACAGUUGGCAUUGUUGUUGGAUUGCUUCUCUUGGUAUCUAUUAUAACAAUUGGCGUUGUGUUCUUCAUCAGGAGGCGCAGACAGAACUCUUUGAAGGAAGAAGAUUCAUUGGAUGAGUUCGGCAGGCGGGAUAUGUCUCGAUCAUCACGGCUCAACAAUGGCUAUGAGUCAGAUGAACGAACGUCAGAACCAUUACCGAAACAACUCGAUAACGUUUACGUCAAUGCUGCAAAUGUAAACAAAAAGACAGACCAAUACGAAGAGGUGUACUGUAAUUCAGGUUCUGAGGGUAUCGCUAUUAGUGACCUGACAUCGUUGGUGAAAACGAAGAUGUUAAACAAAGCAAAAGCGUUUGAAGAGGAAUACAAGUCGCUACCAUCAGGGGAUUUGUAUGAACAUAAAGUUGGGAUGAUGACCGAAAACAAACUAAAAAACAGAUUUAAGACCACGUUUCCAUAUGACCAUUCACGAGUAGUCCUUGACAAACAGGACAAAGAUCCACACUCGGACUACAUUAAUGCAAGCUAUAUCGAUAGUGUCACGCUACCUGCUGAGUAUAUAGCAACACAAGGACCAACAAACAAAACCGUAGAUGAUCUGUGGCGUAUGAUCUGGCAGCUGAACUCUGGCAAAAUCAUAAUGCUUACUAAUCUGUCUGAGGGACCAAAGAAAAAGUGUGUGAAAUACUGGCCUGACGAAGGACAACCGAUGUCUACAAAACAUUUCGAGAUCGUCCUAGACAGAGAAAGGGUCUACGCCUUCUAUGUCAUCCGGGAUAUCAUUCUCACAGAAAAGAAGACCCAAUCAGUGCGACAAGUACACCAGUUUCACUACACCACGUGGCCAGACCACGGAACCCCAAACCCCAAUGAACUUGUCGUGUUCCAUCGUCGAAUGAAGCUUUACAAGAAUUCCUUACCAGGAAAGAUGGUUGUCCAUUGCAGUGCCGGUAUCGGGCGAACAGGAACGUUCAUUGCGCUGGAUGCUUUGUUGGAUUACGGCAAAGAAUCUGGAAUGGUCGACAUCAUAGGUUACAUUAGAACCAUGAGGAAGGACAGGAUCAAUAUGGUUCAAACCAUUGAUCAGUAUAUUGCUCUGCACAACAUCCUGAUUGAGGCGUUUGACAUGCCAGACACCCUUAUACCCAGAGUGGAGUACCAUGCAGCACUGAACAGACUGUCGGAUGAUGUCCCAGUUAACCAAACGAAAUUAUGGCAGGAACAUCAGUUGUUGCAAACUAUGAAGCCAACAUAUACCAAAGUCGACUAUAAAGCAGCACUCCUUCCCGUCAACCGCAACAAGAACAAGGAUCCGAAUGUCUUAGCAGUUGACAAAUUCAGAGCAUACCUGACGUCAUCAUUAUCCGACAGAACCGAUUAUAUCAACGCUGUGGCUGUUCCUUCUUACACGUCUCGAACCGGUUACAUCAUUACCCAGAGUCCUGUAGAUGACACCAUCGUCGAUGUUUUGACAAUGAUAAUGGACAACCAAUGUGAUACCAUUGUUAUCAUUGAAAAAGACCCCAUCGUAAGUGUACGAGCUUGA